CGCAUUGAUAUCACGCAUCCAACGUUCUUAUAUUCAGAACUUCUCGACAUUAAUUAUCGAGGACAUACAUGUUUCGCCCAUUGCUCCCUCUCAGACGAUCUCCAUUCACCACGCUCAGAAACUACACCACAGCAACCAAGAUGUCGCUGAAGGCAAUAUCCUCCAAAGACGCCGCGGCCCUGGACAAGGACCUCAUGGAAAUCGGCGGAUGGUCGUUAGACCAACUAAUGGAAUUGGCCGGAUUAUCUGUCUCGCAAGCUGUCUACCGCGUCCACCCAUUGACCUCGGGCAAGAACAUUCUCGUGAUCUGCGGACCUGGUAACAACGGAGGCGAUGGUCUAGUCGCAGCACGCCAUCUCGCUCAAUACGGCUACAACCCGUCCAUCUACUAUCCCAAGGAGGGCAAGAAUGAGCUCUACCAGCGCCUAAAAACCCAACUCAACAACCUCUCCAUCCCCUUCAUCACCGACUUCAGCGAAGCCCUCAAAUCCACACACUUCAUCGUCGACGCUAUCUUCGGUUUCUCAUUCGGCGGUCCCCUCCGCGAACCCUUUCCCUCCAUUAUCUCGCAGAUCGAGUCUACCUCUGUUCCCGUGUUGAGUGUUGAUGCGCCUAGUUCCUGGGAUAUCCAGGAAGGUCCGCCGAAGGAGGGCCCUGGGGCGAAGUUUAUGCCGCAGAGCUUGAUUAGUUUGUCGGCACCGAAGCCGUGUGUGAAGCACUAUAAGGGAAGGCAUUUUAUUGGGGGGAGGUUCUUGACGAAGGCGAUUGUGGAGAAGUAUGGGUUGGAUUUGCCGCAGUAUCCUGGGAUUGAUCAGGUUUUGGAAAUUGGUGUUGAUGCGGAGGGGAGGCUUUAAUGUGUUAUACGUUGAAGUAUGAACUAUGAAUUAACGACCAAAAUGAGAAAUCUAAGAGUUACGCUGUUA